AUGCCAGUGGUCAAAGUGGAGAAAGAUUCUCCAGCAGACACCACCUUGUCUGCCUCCAACCCUCCACCACAGACAGAGGAGCAGCCCAAAGGUCGGAGAAGAAAGAGACCUCUCCAGCGAGGGAAACCCCCUUACAGCUACAUUGCACUCAUUUCUAUGGCCAUAGCCAACUCCCCCGAUCGCAAGCUGACUUUGGGGGGCAUCUACAAAUUCAUCACAGAGCGCUUCCCUUUCUACAGGGACAAUUCAAAGAAAUGGCAGAACUCCAUCCGCCAUAAUUUAACUCUCAAUGAUUGCUUUAUCAAGAUCCCACGAGAGCCUGGGCGGCCAGGGAAGGGCAACUACUGGGCUUUAGACCCAAACGCAGAGGACAUGUUUGAGAGCGGCAGCUUCCUGAGGCGCAGGAAGAGGUUUAAGCGAUGUGACUUCAGCACUUACACCUCAUACGUCCACGAAACACCAGUUUUCUCUCCUGUCCAGAUUGCCAGAUCAGCCGCAUAUGCCAACUCAGUCUAUCCCAACAUGACAAUCAGUCCAACCUACGGGCAGCAGCUGCCCUAUUACCCCUCUUCAUCGCCUCCUGGGUUUGGACCUGGUCAGUCCCGCAUGUUCAGCAUCAAUAACCUCAUAGGACACCCGACUCCAGCAAGCAUGCUGGGAGGUCAAGGGCCAGAGGUGAUGCAACAGCCCAGCCGAAGCUUCAGUCCUGAGGGGGUUCCAAACGGAUCCAGUCCCUGCAGCCUGGGACCCCCAGCUUUUCAGAGCCAACCGUGCGGAGGGGCCCUAUCAUCCCGCCACUCCACACAUCCUGGGUUUACCUACUCCGGGCCAAACGGGCACCCACACCAUCAUACACACCAGGGCUCGUAUGGACAGGGCCACACCCAGGGGUAUGCAGCAACAGGACGCCUGCAUUCCUCAGCCCACGGGUCUGUGGAAUCCAUGGACCAUUACGGCAGGGUCUCCCCAGUGCAGUUGGGCUCUUUCUCCCAGUAUAACAGUGUUGCAGGUCCUACUGCCAACACUGGGGGUUACCUGAGGCACCCCACGUACCCAGGGAAUAUGGACAGGUUUGUGUCUGCCAUCUGA